AAGAAACACAAGUGUUUUCCAAUGAUCUUCGUGUGCAAACUGUUCGAAACGAAAUAAAAGUUUGCGCCUUGAACAAUUAACGUUUAGAGUUUUAGUCGAUAGUGAUUUCGCUGGCAAGAUACCAGGGAUCAUGAAGGCUUUUCUGAUUUUCGCUGCUGUUGUGGCCGCCGUCUCGGCCAAUGAGUGCUACAAGGACGUUCUGUCCGCCUGCAGAAAUGGAAACACCCUGUCCAAACAACAGGGAUUAUUGAGUACUUGUGACUCGAAAUAUGGAGCGAUCGAUGCCGUUGAAGGCGAACUGCAGCGAUUCACCAACAGUCUUUUGUACAAAUCGUUCGAUUUUCUCAUUCUGUCCACCCACUAUGGAAACUACCUGAAGAAUCGGCCCGGAUUCGAGAAACUGUUCAGAGGCCUUUCGGAUGGCCUGUGGGAGGACACCAUCAACUCCAUCAAGUACAUAACAUCGCGUGGAGGAGAAAUGAGCUUCAGCAACAUUGACACAGUAAACGAUGUGAGCAACGAUGCAGCCACUUUGGAGCUGUACGAGCUUCACUCGUUGGGAAAAGCUCUGGAUAUCGAAAAGAAGCUGGCUGAGAAAGCCUUUGAUAUCCAUAAGGCUGCCUCUGGACAUAAGACUGAUCAUCACGAUCCGGAAGUGGCGCAUCAUCUGGAGGAGAAGUUUAUGUCCAAGCAGAGGAACAUCAUCAGGGAUCUGGCUGGAUACACCAAGGACCUGAGCCAGAUCAUGGACACUCCAGAUGUCUCCUUGGGACUCUAUUUGUUCGAUGAGUAUUUGCAAAAAGUCGUCGACUAAGUGUUAGUUUGGGUAGUUGUUCUCUGGCAGGACAUUGCCUAUGUAUGUAAUGAUUAUUAUGAUUAUAAUGUUUAAGUAAAGAGUUUGUUUCGUGA